CGUUGGGCUUACAGGAAGCGUCCAAACAAAAGGAAAACAGCGCAGUUUUCCACCAGUUUCUCCACCAAAAAUGCGUUUAAGAUCCUAAAAUCAUGCGGGAAACACUCUACUAAAAAGGGAUUUCACGGGUUUGAAACCCCAGAUGUCUUGAUGAGCGGUGGAAAGUUCGCUGAGCGCACUUGUGCUUGGGUUAAUGUGUGUUUGGUUUGAUGCCCAUCGGCGGCUCUCUGACCAUCCAUCAGCCGUGCUCUGGUCCACCUUAACGGGGAUCUAGAGCUAUACACCCUCGAGUCGUACGGACGACACGCCCAUAACGCCUUAUCCCUCACCAGGGUGUCUGUAGUCCCAGAAGAGGAGGGGUUCGGAUCUCUAGAGAGGCAGGAUGCCUCGGCUGCAGUCGGGCGUGUGGAAGCACUUCACCCCCGCCAUCAAGGACGGCCGGGAGACCUACAUGUGCAACUACUGCUCCAAGACCAACUCCAAGAAUGCCACCAAGAUGCAGAUGCACCUGGACAAGUGCAAGGAGUACUCGGUGUUCUCCCAGCAGUCGCCGGGGCCCGACGGCAGCUCGUCGGCCUCCAUCCCCGUCCCGUCCUCCUCCUUCCUGCCCUCGUCCACGCCGGGCGGCGGCGGCCAGUUCCUCAUCGACUCGGUGGACCAGGGCAGCCAGGCCUUCGCCGACGAGUGCCUGGCCCGUGCCGUGUACGCCACGGGCUCGCCGCUCUCGCUCACGGACGACGUGUACUGGCGGCGCUUCUUCGGCGUGCUGCGGCCGGCGUACUGCCCGCCCACGCGGCAGGCCCUGUCGCUGCACCUGCUGGACUGCGAGUACGAGCGCGUGCAGGGCCAGGUGCACCGCGCCAUCGGCAAGGCGGACUGCGUGGCGGUGGUGAGCGGCGGCUGGGCCGUGGCGGGCGCCGCCGUCCGCUACGUGGUCUCCACGCCGCUGCCGCUCUUCUACAAGAGCGAGGCGCGCGAGGAGCGGGCGAGCAUCGGCGAGGCGCUGAAGGCGGUGAUCGGCGAGGUGGGGCCGCAGCGCGUCUUCGCCGUGGUGACGGACGACGCCCCCGACAUGGCGGCGGCGUGGGCGCAGGUGGAGGAGGCCUUCCCCCACGUGUCGGCGGUGGGCUGCACGGCGUUCGGCCUCCGCCGGCUCUUCGACGAGGGUGGCGGCGCAGCCGUCGCUGAGGGCGCUGGGGCAGCGGGCGGAGCAGGUGGCGCGCUACGUCCGCGAGCGGCCGGCGCUCGCCGAGACGUUCCGCCACUGGCAGAGCUCCAAGAUAAGGGGCGGGGCCGCGGCGCUGCUCUCGGCGCCCCUGGCGGCGGCGGCGGCGUGCCCCGGGGCCGACUGGACGGGCGCGCUCGCCGUGUUCGACGGGCUGCUGGAGGGCCAGGCCACGCUGCAGGAGAUGGCGCUCUCGCCGACGCUGGACGUGGAGGCGGCGGUGCGGUCCUCGCUGCAGGACGCCGCCUUCUGGAAGGGCGUGGCCAGCAGCCGCAACCUGCUGUCGCUGGUGGGGAACCACAUCGAGCACGCGCGGCGGGAGGACGCCGUGCUGUCGGGCGUGGUGGAGACCUUCGGCCAGCUGCGCUACCACCUGGGCGCCUCGCUGCCCGGCUCGGCGCUGCUCGGCGGCGAGCAGAAGGCGGUGGCGGCGGCGCUGGACCGCUGCCAGGCGUUCUGCGUCAAGCCCAUCCACGCCGCCGCCUACAUGCUGGACCCCAAGCACGUGGGCCAGCAGACGCUGUCGGGCGAGCAGAUCAACUCGGCCUACUUUGUCAUCUCCAACAUCUCGCACCACCUCCACCUGGACCAGGGCAAGGUGCUGGCCAGCUUCGCCCGCUUCUCCGCCAAGGAGGGGCUGUGGAAGGGUGGGGGCAUCUGGAGCUCCUGCCAGCACGUGUCGCCCUCCACCUGGUGGAAGGGGCUGUGCUCGUCGGAGCCGCUGUCGGCGGUGGCGUCGGCCAUCCUCCAGAUCCCGCCCACCACUGCGGCGUGCCAGGCGCUGCACGCGCGGCUGGCGGAGGCCAAGGCGCGGGGGGGCGGGGCCGGGGGCGUGGCGGCGGAGCGGCUGGAGCGGCUGGUGGCGGUGCAGACGAACCUCCGCGUGCUGGAGCCCAGCGAGCACGACUUCGCCUCGCCGGAGAGCGAGGAGGAUGUGAAGGUGUCCUUCGAGUCGGAGACGCAGUAGGACUGGUUUCGGGGGGGGGGUUGGUGCGGGGGGGGGGGGCUGUGAUGCGUCGGACGCCUGGUUCGACCAGCGAAAGUUAACUCUGUAAGUUAUGGGGAGGGGGAAAGAUUACGUCACUGUGCGCGUUGGAAGACAUUUUGGCCCCGAGACUAAAGAGUCAAGAUGUGUUCCUGACAGUUUCCUAACGAGGAACAGAUCGGGAAAUUAACAGAGGAGAAUAUUGUGAAGAAUGAUAUUUUGGAGUCAAUUUGUUAAUUGGCUCGUACAGAACGAUCAGGACCAAGAUUGAUUGACCGACGCGAACGACCCACCUCAUGCUUUUACUUCCAUGGAAACAGCCAAACGGUGCCAAACAAACGUUUGACGAUAUAUUAUCAUUGCGGGUUGCGUUGAAGUCAAACGGGAGAAAACGCAACUCCUUUCUAGAGUUUCGAUUUUGCUCGUCCUACAAGGCAAGUAGAUAUAAAGUGUAUGGAUAUUAAUUGUAUAGUAUGGUUUUUAUCGUGGAGGCGACAGGUUACAUGAUGUUUGUCUGUGUUUAAAAGUGUUAAAAUCAUGUUUUAUUUCAACAACACCAGAGUUAUGCUUUAAUGCCUAGUUGCCUUUUCUUCCUCUAUUUACUAACGGUAUCCUAUAUCAUUAGCAUAGGUAAGUCUCAGCCAAUGAUUUCUUAUAUACACACACAGAAUCUAUUUCUUUAUAUUCGGAGAAGCGAAAUACAUUGGGAGAAAUUGUUGGCUAACCAGAAUCAUUUCUUGUUUGUUUUAAACUGUGACUGUAAAUAUGUUACCUGUUUUUUUUUUUUUUAAUCAGGCCUUGGUCUGUUUUAGAGGAGUGAGAAUAGUUUCUGAUGAUUACAAGAAUACUACAAAUCUAUAUAUUGGCUUUUGGAAAUGUCUAAACCUGAUUUGAUUUUAAUGGUUUUAAAUUAUGUUUGUAUCUGCAAGAUGAUAAAAUCCAACAACUUGAUUCCUUUGCAAUGUUUUUAAUAUAUAAUGUUUAUCGAUAAAUCAGAUGAUUAAAUUCCAUUUAUCGCUCGACUUGGCAGAAAUAUAGUAUAAUAAACGUAAGUGCACAAUUCCAUGAAAAUAAAAAACGUUAACUUAGAACGAGUGCGGACCAAGGCAUUAACUACAUAGUGAGCGGCCGCCAUCUUUCUACAGUGGCCCAUAACAGACAACCUGCGCUAGAGGGGACUUGUCGCUACUUGUAUGCAAUGACCUCUACUUUUACAUACUAAAUAACAAAAUGCACUUUCUAUAUCUAGCAAGGAACCUCCUUCAUUUGGUCGUAAACUGCAACCUCACCCCUAAAUGCCACUAAAUCUUACACACUACACCUUUAAUAAAAGACGGGGCUUUUUUUUUUACUCAAGUUUGAUUGGGAAAUGAUAUCGUCCUAGUAGAAUAUUAAAAGUUAAAUAUAUCAUAAAAAAAAACUAAAAAUAUGAAGUAAAAAGGUACUAUAUUCUGCUGAAUGUCAAUUUUAGUUAGCGGUGUGCUGUCGGGUAUUUUGCUCGGUAGCGUCCACAGCUGUGAGGGCGGUAAUUGGAACGCAGCCCUGCUUGGUGCGUUUGCAGAAGAAAGAAUAAAAACUGAAACGGAGCCUUUGAAAGAUGUGCGGCGUCCGAGGCAGAUGGCGACGCGUCGGCCGGGGAUUUGAAACGACGCCGUUCGGUGAUUCAGUCGCACUGAAAACCAGCCAGAGGACGGGCGGAACGGGAGAGGGAAAAGGAAAGGCAAGGUUGCAUCGCUGUUUCGUCAGUGUCGUUUUAUGUGCGGCGGUGGUGUCGGAGCUGUUUCAUCCGAUGCUGCUCAGGCUGUUUGAAGGCAGCACGCUUUGGGCCGUGUCUCAUCGCUGCAAUGUAAUUGAACGUGUUAGCAGUUUAAAUGUCUAGUUUAACUCGCUCCAAGUGUGUGGGUCUUCCUCUCCCUAAACUGGAAAAGAUGCAAUUAAUUAUUGCAAUUCUUCAACCGAAUAAAGUUUCAACAGAGUGUAAGAGUUGAAUAUGAAUAUUACAUUUAACUAAUUGAGAAUAGCUAAUUCAAGUUCACUUGAGAAGAUACUGGGCAGAGACAGAGAUGCUGUUGAUGAAACCGGCUCAUGGGUAAUGUAGGCCAUCCCUCUGAGUUUACAUUUUUAGUCGUUCUUUUUUUCAUUUCACAGUCCAUUCUCUCUUUUUUUCCCUCUAACUCGUGACAGACCACAUCUCUGGAGUUUUCCAAGAUAUUCAUCUACAGCGCUCUGACCGUCGCUUCCACUGUAAUGUUUUUUCUCAAAUAUGUCAGAUAUUAUAUAUCACACAACUUUAAACAGUGGUGAACAUUAAACAGAAGACUUGUCCAAUCUCAAUGUCCUGUGUACACCAGUGGAGACAAAGUGCUCCUCACAUUCCAUCCCUCUACCGAACCCUUCAGCCCAUAGAAGCUCAGAUACACACACACUCUCUCAGUCUAGGGCUGUGGGCCGUCUGCAACUGGUACGAUGGUUAAAGUCUCUCCUGUGGGUAUCUUGAUUGGGAGAUUUUGCAUCCCGUCGUGAUCUUGUUAUUUAACAAUGCUGUACACUAAAUUUCCCUUCCCUUUCCCAAAGACGCUUAUCGUUUCUGCGAUCCGACAUUUGUUGAAGUCUGAGGAAAGCACACUUAAAUCUGUUAUUGGCAUCUUCGAUCUGACGUUUGCCAAAGUUAUCGGAAGAAGUGCUAAAGUUUGAUAUCGGCAUCAGUGAUCCGUCAUUUUCAAAACUUAAAGGAAGACGCGCAAAAAUUCAAUGUCGGCUUCCAUGAACCAACAUUUGCCAAAGAUCCCAUUUUUUCAUCUGCGCUCCAAUGUUUUGCUGAAAUCGUAUAUUAGCAACUGCGAGCUGACAUUUGCCAAAGUUUGCGAAGAAAAACCAACAGAUGAGAAAUUAGCAUCUUCAAUCCAAGGUUUGACCUUAACGGAAGUUCUGAUAAAUAACACACCACUUUGUAGCAUCUGCGAUCGGACGUUUGCCAAAGUUUGCGGAAGAUGAAUCAGUUAAUGACCCAUUAGGUUUUAUCGGCCGCUGUUCUCUGGGCUGCGACGGCGACACACUGUAGUCAGACGACAAGGGGGAGUGAUGCUUUAUGGAGUGGCCACCGGUAAUUCAAAUCAAGAUGAAGUCUGGCGUGAUUACGAUGUAAUGCAAUCAGACGGCUCC